CAAAAAACCAUAAACAUCGCCCAAAGCAAGUGAGACAAAACAUUCUGAGCAGUAAAGCCCAUCAAAAUUAUCCUUGCCCCAUGUGGAGUGUUGUCCCAUACACCACAAAGGUUGCAGGUUCAACCCUUGGUGAGGGCACAUACAGAAGGCAACUGAUGUUUCUCUCUCUCUCUCCCUUCCUCUCUGUCAAAAAUCAAUAAACAGCUUUUCUGGCGGUGACAACCUCCCCACGACAACAUGCCUCUCGCCAAGGAUCUCCUCCACCCCUCCCCAGAAGAGGAGAAGAGGAAGCACAAGAAGCGCUUGGUGCAGAGCCCCAAUUCCUACUUCAUGGAUGUGAAGUGCCCAGGAAGCUAUAAAAUCACCACCGUCUUUAGCCAUGCACAAACGGUAGUUGUGUGCAUUGGUUGCUCCACUGUUCUCUGUCAGCCAACAGGAGGAAAAGCAAGGCUUACAGAAGGAUGCUCCUUCAGAAGGAAGUAGCACUAAAAGCACCUCAAAUCAAGAUGAGUGGGAAACCAUCCCAAUAAACACAUUUUGGAU